UUUGGCAGUAGAAGAGCCCGUUUCUGGUCCUGACAUACAUGAUAUUGUCAAAUUCAGUUUUGCUUCUCCUCUCAUCAUAUAUUUGGCUGCUUGUACAUGUUACGUCGGUUUCAUCAUUUCAUCUCCAUCCACGGCGCCCAGAAGUUAAAUACAGCUCGUUAUGCAUCAGGAUCAUACAGCGAGAUAAGUGAAACAACAAACAGAAACGAUGGCUGAGAAUCGCGGCAAGCCCCACGCUAUCAUGAUCUCUGUCCCAUACCAGGGCCAUAUUAACCCCUUCGUCAAUCUAGCCCUCAAGAUUGCUUCAAAGGGCUUUUCCAUCACUUUUGUUCAUUUUGAAUUUGUUCACCACAGGUUGUCUAAAGCCCACCAUCUCCAUUGCAAUAAAACCCAAGUCGAUAUCUUUUCUGAAGCACGGGAAUCAGGUCUUGACAUACGCUACACGACUAUUAGCGAUGGCUUUCCUUUGGAAUUCGAUAGAGAUGCCAACUAUGAAGAGUUCUGGGGAAGGGUACUGCAUGAAUUUCCAUCUCGUGUUGAUGAAUUUGUCAGGAAGACAAUCAAGUCUGAUCCAUAUUUGCUCCAUUUCCUGGUAGCUGACACUGUUUUUUCUUGGCCUGCAACCAUUGCUGAGAAGUACAACCUUGUCAAUGUCUCACUUUGGACUGAACCAGCGUUGGUUUUUACUCUAGCUUACCACGUGGACCUUCUAAUAGAAAAUGGUCAUUUCCCAUGUAAAGUUAACAAUAUCCACGAGGAAGUUAAUUACGUGCCUGGAGUUAAGUCAAUAAGUACAAGAGACUUGACCGGCAUGUCCGUCUCGUUCGGGAGCUUUGUGCACACUAGCAGGCAGGUAAUUGAAGAAAUAGCCUAUGGGCUGCUUCUUAGUGAAGUACAUUUCAUUUGGGUGGUUCGAGAAGGAAUUCUGAGCUCCUCGGAUACUAAAAUUAUGCCUGAUGGGUAUGAAGAUGAGGUCAAAGAUAAAGGGUUGAUAAUUCCAUGGUCUAACCAAAUCAGGGUUCUCUCAAAUCCAGCCGUUGGAGGAUUCUUGACACACAACGGGUGGAAUUCUACGAUAGAGAGCUUGUGGUGUGGUGUUCCGAUGAUUUGUUAUCCAUUCUUGUUUGAUCAACCUACCAAUAGGAAGCUAGUGGUCAAUGAUUGGAAGUGUGGGAUUAGUCUUUGUGAUGGAACAUCUGUUGAUAGGAAGGAAGUUGCUGAGAAGAUAAAGAGCUUUAUGAGUGGAGCUCCUUCGAAGAGGUUUAGGCAAGAGGCGAAUAAGGUGAAGACGAUUUUGCAUCACGCCUUGGAAGUUGAUGGGUCCUCGGAGAAAAAUUUCAAUCAAUUUAUCAAGGAUUUGAAAGACAAAAUUCAAUCUGGAACAAGUAAUUAAUGAUCAAUAACAUCGAAUGAUCGUAUUGGUUUUUAUUAUUUGUCAGUUGUAUUAUAAUCCAAAUGUUCGACUUUAGUUUUGUUGUAUCAUUUAUGAAAGAUGAUGUCUAAAAUAUUACUUUGGACCUUUUGUUAUAA